AUGACAUUUUUAUAUCGAAUCAUUAAUGCUAUUACAGGAAUUGUUCCUCAAAUAUUUGCUGUCAAUGUUGAACUAAAUUCAGCUGAUUUUAGUACUGAUGGAUUAACAAUAGAAGAAGCAUACGAUCAAAUUCAAUGGAUUGAUGAACAUGGUAGUAUUGAUUUUAUUGAAAUUUCUAACGUUACUUAUGGAGGUUUUGCUAUGACUGAAUUUGAACACGAUACUUGA